CCCAAAAAUCACUUCCCGCCAUGAGAAGUGAUUUUUUCAAUCUCUUCCCGCCAUGAGAAGGAAACCCACCAAGGCCGCCCCUUGUAAAACAACAAAGAGGAGCCGUGGAAGCGAGUGAGACAAGAAGAAUCUAGAAAUGGAGAAACCCACCGCCGACGCUCCCACCGGCUGCUACAAAUGCGGCCGUCCAGGCCAUUGGUCUAGAGAUUGUCCAUCCUCUGCACCAGACCCAAAAUCAAACUCCGAUUCCAUCUCUAAUUCAAACCCUAACUCUAAAUUCUCUCGUCCAUAUUCCCAGAAUAGUAGUUUCCCUCCCAGACCACAGAAAGCUUCUGAGAAACCCAAGAAGCUUCCAAGAACAAGACCCAAGCUCACCCCUGAGCUUCUCCUCUCCAACGAUGGCCUUGGCUACGUCCUUCGCCAUUUCCCUCGCGCUUUCAAGUUUGGUGGCCGUGGUCACGAGGUUCGGGACCUUGGGAACCUCAUUGGAUUAUAUUCUCAGUGGCACAAGCAUUUAAUUCCCUACUACUCCUUUGAGCAGUUCAUACAGAAGGUUGAACAAGUUGGUGCCACUAAACGUGUCAGGACAUGCAUCAGAGAAUUAAGAGAUAGAGUUGCCAAUGGAGGAGACCCCUCAAAGUUGCAUGAACCUCCAAUUGAACAUGAUGUUUUAAAUAGUGAGCCAG